AUGGCGAAAAAGGACGCUCCUUAUAGCAACAAGAAAGUUGUUUCCAAGACACAAAGGCCGCGUUUCAUCGAGCUGUGCAGACCCAAAACUGCGGGAUUCAGGUCGUAUUCUUAUUCUAGCUGCUUUGAUUGCUGCAAUACCAACAAAAUCGAAAGAUCCCUGGACAAUUUUGCAUGGGCCAAUGAGAAGUCAGCGUAUAGAAACGACGCUGUCAGCCCUGAUGUCGAAUGUCCAAUUUCCACCAUUCCUCCGAAUAUUACCUUCCAAAUGGAAUCACCAGCCUCAAAGUCUUCCCCUCUUGAUGACAAUCUCGCGCUUCCCGAAUACGCUCAAAACCCUCUCCCAGAAGCGGAACUCCCAACAUUGUACCUCAUCUCGUUUGGACACUCGCCUCCUUUGAAGCCAGCGCCUCAGCUGAAAUUCGAUGUCCGGUCUUUACCAAACCCUCCUAAGCAUAUAAGGGAUACUCAUAAUGGGAUCUCGAAGCGAUUGCAAGAGUGGAUGCAGACUGAUGCGAAGUUUCUCGCUCGACGAGAUGCGAUCAAGGAGGAAAUCGAAGAGGCGAUGACGGACAUCAUUGCAGCGCAGGAGAAGCGAUAUUUUCUGAAAUUGGGGCUACGGGAUGGUGGAACUACCAGUGAAGACGCCGCUGGGAAGCAUGUGGAGGCAGAGGAAGAAGAUGCAGCCCCAAAGGGUGAUGAGGAAGGAUCGAAUUCGGAAAGCAUGAAUGGUGACACUGUCAGUUCACGUGACCAAACCACGAUGCUUCGAGUCGGUGUCUAUUGUGCAAUGGGGAGACAUCGAAGUGUGGCCAUGGUUGAAGAACUUGCAAGGCUGUCAUGGCCAGGAUGGCGUGUUCAAGUGGAGCAUCGAGACAUCUCCAAAAAACGUGGAGCUGGAAAGAAGUCGGGCAAUGCCAGCCGAGGUGGUCGAGGCGGAACGAUGCCUUCACAAUUCGGUGAUGACUCUGGAUAA